AUGAACCCGUAUGAAGAGUAUGGUGAAGAUGAGCUCAACGACUACAUCAUCCAGCUCAGUAUUCAAGCCUCCUGCCAAGAGGCCUUCCUGAAAUCUGCUGCAAGUUUAGAAGCAGCAACAGAGGAAAACCUGAGAGUCCUGGCUGCCAUCGAGCAAGGUGAGGUCAUAGUGCUCAGACAGAUGCUGAAACAAACCUUCGCCUUCGUAGAGCCGGACAGUGAUGGCUGGCUUCCCCUCCAUCGAGCAGCGUCUCAGCCCGUCCUGGAGGUUCUGGAGACUGUCCUGAGAUUGGCAUCUCAGGGGCUGAGUCUGGAGGAGAAGACGGCCGUUGGAGGAGAGACGCCGCUGACGCUGGCGGUUAAAGCCGGGCUUGUGCAACACGUGAAGAGCCUGCUGGUGCACGGAGCCUCACCUCACAACACCAACAGCAAGAAUGAGACGCCGCUGCUGCUCGCGGUGAGGGCCGGCUCUUACAAGAUGACGUACAUGCUGGUCGCUCAUGGCGCCUGGGUGGAGCAGGUUUGCCAGAAGAAGUGGACGGCGAUUCAUGAGGUGGCCAAGGUCGGCAAUGAGGAAAUCCUGAUGCUGCUGCUCAGGAACGGCGGGCGGGUGAACCACAAGGAUGUGACGGGAGUGACGCCGCUCGCUGUGGCUGCAGAACAAGGACACUUUCACAUCGCUGAGAUUCUACUGAACUGUGGUAGCAAGGUGAACUCUCAGGCCUGUAAUGGUGAAAGCGUCCUGCUGGAUGCAGCUGGAUCAGGAAACACCGACUGUAUUCAGCUGCUUCUGGAUAACGGAGCAAACCCCAACCUGCCCAGCAUCACGGGACACCUGCCCAUCCACAAGGCAGCGUACGCCGGGCACUAUGAUGCUCUGAAGACGCUGAUUCCUCUGACGACGAAGAAGGCCAUCAAAGAGGCGGGUCAGAGCCCGGUCCACUCUGCUGCAAUGGGUGGUCAGAGUCGAUGUUUGGAGCUCCUGUUGGCCUGCGGCUACGAUGUCAACUACCGAAUGAGCUCCAGAAACUCUGAAAACUACCGAGAUAUGAGGAGGAGCGCUUUGUACUUCGCCGUCUCCAAUGGGGAUGUUAAAUGCACCAAAACCCUGUUGGCAGCUGGGGCGAAGACAGACCUGGAUCCGCUGUGCUGCCUCCUUGUGGCGGUCAGGUCGGGGCGGUAUGAGAUUGUGAAGCUGCUGCUGGCGGCCAAAGCAGACGUGAACUGUUACUUCACGGUGGUUAGCGACACGGUGUUUCCUACAGCGUUGCAGUACUGCCUGAAGGACGAGGUGAUGAUGAGGCUGCUGCUCAAUAACGGAUACAAGGUUGAAAGUUGUUUUCACUGUCACCAUGACGAUGGUUUCGAUGCCUUGGAUGAGGGGGAGCAGAAAAUUCCAUUCUGUGAGUUCAUGAGCCUCUGCUGUGUCAUGCAUCUGUCCGGGAUCGUUGUCCGGACUCUGCUGGACUACGUGAGCCACGUCCACAUUUGCUCCAAACUCAGAGUCCUGCUGGAGAAACAGGCAGAGUGGACUGAAAUAUGCGACAUCCUCAGCAGUCCUCGCUCCCUCAGGCACCUCUGCAGACUGGAGAUCAGGAGGCGUCUGACUCUCAAGAGACUCAACAAGCCUGAAAUCAUGAACUCACACGUUUUCCCUCCCAGACUGAAGAGCUUCAUUCUGUAUCAGGAGCUCGACCUCUACAGCCAGGACCCUGAAAGCAUCAUGUGAUGACUUUACCUGCAAAGAGUCCUGUUUUUUUAAAGGACAUUAUUAUCUGUGUAUUUUCUGGUUUUG